AUGGCUGAGGAGCUGGAUGACAAUCUUGCUGAACUUUGCGUCUUCGUUGACCUGGUGCAGGCUAGGCCGUGUCUUUACGACACGGAAAAUGUUAAUUAUAAAAAGAAGACUUUCAAGGAAAAUGCUUGGCGCCUGAUAGGUGAAGCAAUGGAUUGGGAAGGUGAUGAGAAGACAUCACUCGUAGAAGUUUGCAUUAGACAAUGGAAAAGUAUCAGAGAUGGGUUCAACAGGGCGAUGAAGAAAUUGCCAUCGGGCUCUGGAACGCCUGUCAAAGACACGAGGAUGGCUCCUCUCUGGCAGAAGUGCUCAUUCCUUCAAAAUGUUAAAACCAAGAACACCAGGAAGACAUUUUCAAACUACACCAAAAAGAGGAAGAUUGGUGAAUCCAGUGAUGAAACAUCACAACCAGCAGGCGAUUGGGGUGGUCUCGACACUAUUUUUGUUUCAAAUGAUGAUGGUGUGGAAGAAGAGGUUGUGGAGCGCAACGAUAGCGCAGCAACUCAAGCAGGCAAUGCAAUUGAUGAUGCCGAUGCUGGACCUUCUUCUCACAUGUCUGAGUUUGAGACGACCCAGCUUCAGAAGCCCAAGAAGAAGCCUGCCCCUGCACGCAUCAACCCUCCAUCUGAAACUUUCAGUAAAAAAAAGGUAGAAAGUACAAAAAAAUUUGAAGAAAUGGUGAGUGAGGGUUUUAAGACAUUCAAUGCUUUAGCCCAACGCCAAAUGACGGCACCCACCAAAGAUUCUAGUGCAACUACACUCUAA